AUUAACAUAAUAAAAUCAUUGUAUUGAAUGUAUUCUAUUCUUUUUAGAAUGCUAAUGAAGAAAAAAUUCGAGCUGGUGUUCGACUUUUAGCAUUAUGUACACAAUCGAAUGUACAAGGACAACAAGCUGUUGCUAAUGAUAAUAAACUUUUAUCUCUUAUUUAUGAACAAUUAAUAAAAAGUCAAAAUUCGUUACUUAUUGGUAAUAGUUCAUUAGUAUUUGGACAUAUUAUUAUUCAUUCAUCAGCACGUAUAUUUUUACGAAAUAAUCCAGGAAUAGAAAAAACUAUUGAUCAAAUGUUAAAAUUAGUUGAAGAAUCAUGGUUAAGUAAAGUAGCAAGAAAAAAUGUAGCUAUUUUUAUUACUAAAAUGGUUAAAGCUGAUGAAAGCUUUCUACAAGAAUUUCGAAAACAACAUGGCACUGAAAUUCUUCAUUCAGCUCUUAAAGAUGUUGAAUUAUAA